GGGCGAUCUCCUGGAGGUGGCUUUGCUUCUAGAACAAGGACCUUAGAAAAAGGAUUCCAAGUUCUCCUGGCGGUUUUGAAGACGUUUGUGGGCUUAUGUUGUGGUCCAGUUUCUAGGUCUGUUCUACUGGCCUGGGAUAGUUCUGUGUUUUUGUUUUGUUUUCAUUAAGGGAGAAGCAAUGUUAAUCCCCCAGGAAUAUAUUGCGUGAAGCAACUCAACCUUCAGUUUUACUGCAUGAGAAUGAUAUGUUUAAGUGUAACAUAGGUUAUAAUGACAGGAGGAACAUCGGCUAUAUUUUAAAGUGGAACGGAGCAUUUUUGUGACAACCCUUGACCACCUUUGCGUUAACCUUUUGGCUGCUGCUUUUUGCUAAGAUGAACGCCCACCCUUUCUCCACUCCCUUCGACCGGGAGCGGCGAGUCCGGAGCACCCUGAAGAAAGUCUUUGGAUUUGAUUCUUUUAAAACACCUUUACAAGAGAGUGCGACCAUGGCUGUAGUGAAAGGGGACAAGGAUGUUUUUGUGUGCAUGCCCACAGGGGCAGGGAAGUCUCUCUGUUAUCAGCUCCCUGCCCUGUUGGCCAAAGGGAUCACCAUUGUAGUCUCUCCUCUCAUUGCUUUGAUUCAGGACCAGGUAGACCACCUGCUGGCCUUGAAGGUACAAGUUAGUUCCCUGAACUCAAAGCUGUCAGUACAGGAGAGGAAGGAGCUGCUGUCUGACCUGGAGCGAGACAAACCUCGGACCAAACUUUUGUACAUCACCCCGGAGAUGGCAGCUUCAGCCUCCUUCCAGCCCACCCUGAAUUCCCUCAUGUCCCGAAACCUGCUCUCCUACUUGGUGGUGGAUGAAGCUCAUUGUGUUUCCCAGUGGGGACAUGACUUCCGUCCUGACUAUUUGCGUCUGGGUGCCCUACGUUCCCGCCUGGCACAUGCCCCUUGUGUGGCUCUGACUGCUACAGCCACCCCACAAGUUCAAGAGGAUGUGUUUGCUGCCCUACAUUUGAAGCAACCAGUAGCCUCUUUCAAGACUCCCUGCUUCCGGGCUAAUCUCUUCUAUGAUGUGCAGUUCAAGGAACUCAUUUCCGACCUCUAUGGGAAUCUGAGGGACUUCUGCCUUAAGGCUCUGGGCCAGAAGGCUGAUAAAGGGUUGUUAUCUGGCUGCGGCAUUGUCUACUGCAGGACUAGAGAGGCUUGUGAACAACUGGCCAUAGAGCUCAGCAGCAGGGGUGUGAAUGCCAAGGCUUACCACGCAGGGCUGAAGGCUUCUGAUAGAACACAGGUACAGAAUGAAUGGAUGGAGGAGAAGGUCUCUGUAAUUGUUGCAACGAUCAGUUUUGGGAUGGGAGUGGACAAAGCUAAUGUCCGGUUUGUUGCCCAUUGGAAUAUUGCCAAGUCCAUGGCUGGCUACUACCAGGAGUCUGGCCGUGCUGGUAGGGAUGGGAAACCAUCCUGGUGCCGUCUCUAUUACUCUAGGAAUGACAGAGACCAAGUCAGCUUCCUCAUCAGAAAGGAAAUAGCCAAACUCCAGGAAAAGCGAGGGAGCAAAGCGUCUGAUAAAGCUGCCCUGCUGGCCUUUGAUGCCCUGGUGACCUUCUGUGAAGAACUGGGGUGCCGCCAUGCUGCCAUUGCUAAGUACUUUGGGGAUGCACCACCCGCCUGCGCCAAAGGCUGUGACCACUGCCAGAGUCCUGCAGCCGUAAAGAAGAAACUUGAUGCCCUGGAGCACAGCAGCAGCUGGAGCAGGACCUGCAUCGGGCCCUUCCAGGGGAGCGGCUUUGAUCCCGAGCUGUAUGAGGGAGGCCGCAGAGGCUAUGGGGGCUUCAGCAGGUAUGACGAAGGUUCUGGAGGCAGCGGUGAUGAGGGCAGAGAUGAGGCCCACAAGCGGGAAUGGAAUCUUUUCUAUCAGAAACAGAUGAGCCUGCGCAAGGGCAAAGAGCCCAAGAUAGAAGAAUUCACACCCCCAGAUGAAGACUGUCCCCUGAGAGAAGCUUCAAGCAGGAAGAUCCCUAAGCUCACAGUGAAGGCCCGUGAGCACUGUCUGCAGCUUCUGGAGGAGGCCCUGAGCAGUAAUCACCAGGCUGCAGGGGCCACUGAUGGAGCUGACCUGCAGGCCAAGGCUGUGGAGCUGGAGCACACAGCAUUCCGAAAUGCCAAGAUGGUCAACCUGUACAAGGCCAGUGUUCUGAAGAAGGUGGCUGAGAUCCACAAAGCCUCCAAGGAUGGCCAGCUCUAUGACAUGGAAGGUGGCGGCAGGGGUUGCAGUGCUGGGGCUGAGCCCUCGGAGCCCAAUGACUAUGACAUCCCACCAACCUCACACGUCUACUCGCUCAAACCCAGGAGAGUAGGAGCUGGCUUCCCCAAAGGCUCCUGCCCAUUCCAGACAGCCACAGAACUGUUGGGGAAGUCUCAGACCCAGAAGCAAGACCCCAAGGCGGUGCUGGAAGGUGAACAGGGUCCCCCGGGCCUUCAAGAUGAAGACAAGAACAAGCCCCUCCCUGGGUUCCAAGGAGAGGCUCCUGGAAGCAGUGUUAAUUUGGGGGAGCUCUCGCCUGAGAAGAGGACAAAAGGCUCCUCCCAGUGCAGUGCCAGGACUAGAGCCAGCAAGAGCCAGCAGCUCCUAGCGGCAGCGGCCCUCAAGGACUCCCAGAACAUCACUCGAUUCCUCUGUCAGAGAACAGAAAACCCACCGUUACCUGCUUCAGUCCCAAGAUCAGAAGGUGCCACCCCCUCCUGUGGGGAUGUGCCAGAGAACCGCACAGACGGAGUCCAGGGACAUUUGAAUACUCUACUUCAGACUGAGUGUCCCAGGGAGGAACCAAGCACCUGCUCACUCACUGAAGGUCAGCCUAGCCCUCGAAAGGACAUCCAGCCGGGCAAGAGGCCCAGACCCCAGAAGGUACUGGAGGAAGAGAGCCAGGAGAGCUCAGAGAGGGGGACUCAGAAGAGGCUUCGCCCCUCAACCAACCCCUCCAUCUCGGCUGAGGCCAAGGACCGUGCCUUGGCCAGCAGCCGUAGCACUGAGAAUGAAGGUGUUCGAGAACCAUGCCAGCUCGCAGCUCCUGGCGUCUCCGUGAAAGAGGCUGCAGAUGUUGUAGUCAGGUACCUGACCCCCUUCUACAAGGAAGGCAGGUUCAUAUCCAAGGAAUUGUUUAAAGGCUUUGCCCGCCACCUCUCACAUUUGCUGGCUCAGAAGGUCUCUCCUGGAAGGAGUGUGAAGGAAGAAGCCCAGAGUCUCAUCAAGCAGUUUUUCCACGACCAUGCCCGGUGUGAGAGUGAAGCUGACUGGCGUGGCCUGUGUGGCCCACAGAGAUGAGCUGCUGCUGGCUGAACAGGAAGCCGCUUCAUCCAGGCCCUCCCUGUGCUGGCCCUAGAGCUGAGUGGACAUUUUCCCCAGGCAGGACGUCAGAUGCCCAAGCCAAGUUCCUACAGCUCUGGGUUGAGUACACCCGGAGGGAGUGUGUCUGCUUGCUUUCCCAGUUGACAUCACUGUGGCCACCCCUGCCUUAGAGCCUCCACGUGGGGUUGUGCUGCAGGAAGUUUCAGCAGGGCCUGGCAGUCAAGACAAUCGAGAACCACCCAACAUCCAAGGCAGACUGCCCAGUGAGACGCUGCUGCCUUAUCUCCACUCUUCUCAGCUGAGGCCUGGCCACUGCGUGGAGGACAUGCUGCCCUCCAGCAGGAAGACAAUGGUGUGCUGCAGCUCCUGGGCCUGGGGGGUGGGGGGGGAAACGGUUCAGUACGGCUAUUCCCAUGCCCACACUGCUCCUAAACAGACCAGUGGCCUGGGACUACAGAUGCCUUGGCCACUCACUUGAGGCAGCUCCAACCAGAUAGUCUGGGGGUUGUCAGCAGAGCCAUAAUUGAGUUCCAGGCCAGGGGGCCCAUUGUCCUCCAGUGGGCUGAGCAGGUGAAGCCGCUGCAGGUCUUUUAGGGGGAUGGAGCAGCAGAGUUUCUAGGGUAGCAAAUACAGCAGUGACUGGCGUGGGGGUGGGGUAGCAGUGAGUGGUGUGAGAGGUCUGACCCGGGAUCUGAGCCAGUGCCAGAACAGGAGCUCUACCUACCUGGGAGCUGGGCUCCAUGAGGACAAGGUGUUGGCGGUUGAGCCCCAGGAGGACAGGCCCAGGAAGAACCAGCUUACUCACUCUCAGCACCACAUACACAGUGUAGCCAAAGAGGGGCAGCUGGGCCGUGGUCUC